GUCGUUACUAGCCCUGUCUUUCAACUACAGUGAAUGUUCAACUGCAGAGGAUAUUCAAGCGAAGUCCUUUAUAAUGCAUCUUCACUUUUAUUAUCUCUCUUUCCCCGUGAUGCUUCGUCUUGUGCAGCAGCUGGACGUUCGAUAUGUCGCCCUCUCUUCUCGAUAUGCCGCAUGAUGCCCAGUCCCAGAGAGCAAUUCCAAUUGUCACAGAUGAGGUUGCGAAGAGCAAUCUUCUCUGUCCUUUUUAUGCACUGGCUUUAGUUUUUGCCGUCGCCCUCGCUUGCACUCUCCUUAUUACUUUUAUCGUCGAUGUCUUUUCAAAUGAGUUUUUUGAACCGCGGAGGUUUCUUUCACACGACCCAGCUGCUGCAAAAGCCCUUCUCAACAGCAGCUGUCCUAGAUAUGUUAUAUCAAAAGCAGAAAGGGAAAGCUGUUGCAUAUGUCUUGAACAGUUGCAGCAAAGAGCAAGUGUACGAAAACUUCCAUGCCGUCACGUGUAUCAUACAAGGUGUAUUGACAGGUGGUUGUUAGAAUGUUCUAACCGUUGCUGUCUGUGUGGAGAGGCAGCCGUGAAAAACAAGUGUAUUGAAGCAGUUGCGAACAAUCUGUGCUGA